AUGCUGAGCGCAUGUUACCGGAAGAAGUGUAUAUGGUACGACUACAGAGACAGCAAUUGGCAUUUCGAUCUUGAUAGACUCUUCGAACACUUCAAAGGCGCAAGCGAUUAUGACAUACUCGAUACUGGUUUCAUCACACGAAGAUUGAGCGAGCUACCUCCAGCCUCUAGAGCGAUACUUGCAUGGGCUGCACUCCUCGGAUCUUCCUUCUCAUUCGAGCUCAUUUGCAGACUUCUGAGUGGCGAGUUCCAGUACCAAGACAAUGAGGAGGCAUCCUGUCAAGGCCCAGGUAACGAACAAUACCACGCGACGUACUCUCAGCAAGAGGCAAUCAAUGGACUGCAAGCCGCGGUUCAGGCCUACAUCAUCGUCCCGAGCGAGACAGACGAUAGAUUCCGCUUCGCCCACGACCGAUUUAUCCAGGCGUCGGCAGCAUUAAAGGAAUGCAACGCGCGAAAGAUGCAUUUCGUGAUUGCGCAGACGCUUCUCAAGUACUAUUCAGUUGAUCCCAGGGCCAAGGACAAUACCGCUGCGCACAUCUGCGAGUCCGUCGACAUUAUCAAGAAGCGUGUCCCUAGACGCCAGACGUACCGUAAGCUACUGUACGAGUGCGCACAGUCGGCCGUAGAGAACUGUGCCCGUCCAACUGGCUCAAAACUUUACAGUACGGCAGUCGCUCUACUUCAGCCAGACCCAUGGAACGACGAGCUUGAGGAUGUCUCGUAUGAUGAGACGAUGCAGCUGCAUUUAAGGGCUGCGGAAUGCUACCUCUACAUGAGCAACCACGCCGCAGCUAACUCCCUCUUAGAGACAAUUUUCCAGUGUGCACGAAGCCCUCUGGACAAGGCGCCAGCCUAUGUCCUCCAGUCCAGAACACUAGCGCAAGGUGGCAAUGCUCGAGGCGCGCUGGCUGCACUGAAAGAAUGUCUACAGGCACUUGACGUGCAAUUCGAUGACGAGCCCACCUUCGAGAAAUGCGACGAUCAGUUUGAGAAGAUGUCUGUGAGAAUACAGACCAUGGACAAGAACGAGCUGAUGAAUCCGACACCAUCAUCAGACCCCGGCUUGCCGUCUAUCGGUGCUGUUUUGGCGGAGACUGUAAGCGCUGCGUGGUGGAGCGACUACCUACGAUUUUACCAUCUCUCCCUCGUCAUGCUGGAUCUACAUCUCACCCACGGCGCUUUCCCCCAAUCAGGCAUGGCGUUUCUACAUCUUGGUCUCAUCGCCCUGGCCAGAUUCAACAUGGUGAGCUUUGCAGUUGAGGUGGGCAACGUCUGUAUUGAGCUACUUGACCGAUACCGUGAUCCCUUCUCGAUGGCUAGAGGCUACAUGCUGUACGCCAACUUCAUCGGACAUGUUCAGAUUCCGAUCGCCGUGGCUUUGACGCACCUGGAGGGCUCGGUCGACUAUGCGGCUGCAGCAGGGGAUCGGAUUUCCUCGAUACUCAGCUUUGGACUUGCGGCGCAGCUCAAGUUCUUUGCAAGCGAGAAUUGUGCCGACCUGGAGGCUUUCUGCCAGUACGGCUGUGAAGAGAUCCCCAACUGGCACCAGGACACGCGGGGUGGCACUCUUCUCAUCUCCAUCCGGCAAGCUUGUCGAGCUUUGCAGGGCAAGACGCGGACGACUGAUCCCUACGAGGUCAUGACUGAUGAUCAUCAUAAUUCGGCCAACUACAAGUCAUGGCUGAGAGCCAACACACAAAACGGCAACCGGUCGGUUCUUUGGUAUGAGACCAUUGAGAUAGUUCCGCUCUUCAUCUACGGCCAUUACGAUCGCGCCAUUGAGAUAGGUGAGAUGUGCUACGAGUCCAUCCAGAAUCUAUGGUCGGCUCGCAACAGCAGGCUAGUCAUCUUUUUCUACGGGCUCGCUCUCGCGGGAAGGAUGCUUCGGAGGCUCAACGACCCCCGGCUAGAUCCCAGCAGCCUGGACGGCGAAACCGAAAGUGUUCUACGCUCCCUGCGCGAACUGACCAAACGGAUCAAGGAAUGGGAGGUCUACACCGAAGUGAACUACCUUUCAUGGUCCAAGAUUCUAGAGGCUCAAGUUGCAGAAUUGACCGGCGAUUAUGGUGGCGCGGUUAAGCUCUACGAGGAGGCUCUGGAUAACGCCGAGGAGCAUAAUUACAUUUUCGAAGCGGCACUAGGCAACACACUAAUGGCCGGCACACUCGUCAGGCGCAAGGCUCGACGCUUGGCUCGCUCUGCCUUUAGGGAUGCCAUUGCGUUCUACCGUCAGUUCGGCGCCGUCGCCGUCGCCGAGCGCCUAGAGGAAGAACACGCCAUCCUUCUUCACAGCCCGACAAGGAAUCCCAGAGCGAUAGACGCUGCGGUUCAGACCGAUUUCGCGGGAGAUAGCGGAACUGUUGACUACCGCGCUGUAGAUGGUGAGGAAGGACCGGAAGGGAUGCAACAGUCCAACCACACCGCCAUCGCCGAUAUCAAAGGCGAUCGGAUUGGCGCGUGGCGUGGCUCAAUGCAUGAGCACAAUGAACCUGGGGCAGGUCUGCCAGCACUCGAUAUGAUCGAUUUGCACGCGAUCCUGCUCUCAUCCCAGGUCAUUUCUGGCGUUCUUCGGGUCGACGAGCUCCUCAAAACCAUGUGCGAUGUCAUUCUGCAGACCUGCGGAGGUUCGGCGACGCUAGCCGCUAUUGUGGUGCAGGAUUCGGACGAGUCUGGGUGGUCUCUCGCAGCCAGCGGCGACCCGGAACGGGGAGCAUCAGCUCAUAUCCCUGGUCUUCCACUUGCUGGCACCUCACUCGUUGCUGAGAACGUUAUUCUCUACUGCACGCGGUUCCGAGAGGCUGUCUUCAUUCCCGACAUCAUCAGUGAUGAGCGCUUUGGUAACGUGAGCGAGGCUUGGUUACAGCGGAACGUCCUUAGCAAGGCCAUCAUCGCGAUCCCCAUCUGCCACGGCUCAAAACCGCUACUCGGAGUUCUCUAUCUCGAGGGCGAGCCAGGGUCUUUCACUGAUCGUAAUGUAUCCGUCCUUCAGCUGCUAGUCAACCAGAUUGGCAUCAGUUACUCGAAUGCUCUGGCCAUGAAGGCCGUAGAGAAAGUCUCAGCAGAGAACGUCUCUAUGGUUGCGUUGCAGAAGCGCGCCCUUGCAAAGGCACUGGAAGCAGAGACGAAAGCCAAGCACGCUGAAGCUGAGGCCAAGCGUAACGUCAAGCUCGCUGAAGAGGCCGCCAAGGCCAAGUCGAUAUUCCUUGCCAACGUUUCGCACGAGCUGCGAACACCGCUCAACGGUGUUAUUGGCAACUCGGAGUUGCUGAAAGACAGCGAGCUAGACAAGGACCAACAAGAGAUGGCGGACAACAUCAAGGUGUCGGCAGAGUUAUUGCUGACGGUCAUUAACGACAUACUCGACUUUUCCAGAAUGGAGGCCGACAAGAUGAAGCUAUACGUGAUUGCUUUCAAUCCAGAAGAAAUGGUCCGGGAGGUUGUUCGAGCGGUGUCCUACAGCAACCGGCAAAAGACAAAACAGAAAAACGUCAAGAUCAUACAGGAUAUCGACCUGCCAUCUCUGCUCAUCUUUGGAGACCCCAUCAGACUCCAUCAGGUCUUAGGCAAUCUUAUCAGCAACAGUUUGAAGUUUACUGAGGACGGUUCGAUUACGAUUGGUGCACGGGUGGAAUCGGAGACCAACGACAAAGCAACAUUGCUCUUCAGAGUUCAGGAUACCGGAAUUGGUAUCCCCCAACAGCAAUUGGUCAAGCUCUUCCAGCCCUUCAGCCAGGCAGAUACUAGCACAGCACGGAAGUAUGGCGGCAGUGGCCUCGGUCUGAGCAUUUGCAAGUCUCUGAUCGAAACGAUGAUGAAGGGCAAAAUUCAACUCGACAGUCAAGAAGGCGUGGGAACAACGGCAUGGUUCAAGGUCACUUUCGAUAAAGCCAAGUCUGACGUUUCUGCCGGAGACGCGCAGCAAAUGAAGUCACCUCCAGCCGUAGAGCGCUCUGCGUACCUCGAGCGCGGCGAGUCGCCCAAUCCAUUCUUGGACCUCACUGCCGUUCCCAAAGACCAGAUUAGGAUUUGCGUUGCAGAGGAUAACCCCAUCAACCAGAAGAUUGCCAUUCAGUAUGCGCAGCGACUAGGCUACACUACCGUGGAUGCUUACGAGAACGGAUUGAAGGCAGUGGAGGGCUUGCGGCAAAAGGCUAGGGAAGGUCGACCCUACCAUGUGGUUCUCAUGGACGUACAGAUGCCCGUAUUGGAUGGAUACGAGGCGACCAAGAUGAUUCGCAAGGAUUCUAUAGACGCUGUACGGAAGAUCCUCGUCAUCGCCAUGACGGCAUCGGCCAUUCAAGGAGAUCGAGAAAAGUGUCUAGCGGCAGGCAUGAACGACUAUCUCGCGAAGCCGGUGCGCUCGGAGGUGCUAAAGAAGAAGUUGGACACCUAUGUCAGCCCUCAAGCAUCCGCCGCCCCAUCUCCUGAUGCCAUCCGCUCUUCUUCCACUUCGCCUUCAUACAUAACCACCGACCAGAACGGAGCCGCAGCGAGCUUCCACCUUCCCAUUAGAGACAACCCGGCAUAUAGCCGACCGUCAAACAGCACCUCGACACCUAGUCGUGUAUCGAGCGACACAAGGUCCACUACGGACCUGGGGUCCAUUGCUGAGACUCAGUCGCAAGCGCCCUCGCAGAAACGUGCGUCUCGCAAGCUGACCAAGACACGCACCAGCAGCGAGUCGCUACCGGCCGAGAAACCCAGGGCAGUGCUCACAAAGAAAGCGCCGCAGCGCCAGGGCACGGCCUCUUCGACGGAUGAGAAUCUCAAGCCGGAGAAUUUACCAUACCACACAAACCGCAAUAGUGUGAGUUCGCAGGGGUCCAGUAGCAGAGACAAGAUCUUCCCAAGCUAG